UUCAAGUUGGUUGACGUUUUGUCAAAAGUUUAUUUACGAGUGAAUAACAUUUUUAUAAAUGUUUUUAAUACCCAGUAUUUAAUUUGUUACAAUUUAAAAUUAACGAAGUGCUGUCUAUAUCGUCAACGUAUGAGCUAUAAUGUGGGCUAUAUUGGCCUAAAUCCAUUGAAUUGCGUUUGAAUUAGAAAUGACAUUGGUUUGUUAUGAUAUAAAAACAUUACAACUUUUAUUUCAAUAAAUAUAUUUGAAAGUAAAACAACUUAAAAUGGAAGGUGGAGAGUGGAGAAAUUCUAUAAUAAGUCAACUUCAUGCUCGUAAUAAACGAGAAACAAACUCCUUUCAAGAUAUCAUAACUUUUCAAAGCCGACUUUUUGAUAAUGUUAGUACAUUAAAAAAUGAGAAUCUGCAGCUCACUUUAUUAAACGAAAGAAUAAAGUUCACAAACACAGAAAGUGUAUUAUCCAGUGGAGGCGCUGGUUCUAACGAGAGGAUACAAGCUUUAGAACAAAAGAUUCUUUCUCAACAAGAGGAACUAACUUCUUUGCACAGAAGGCGCGGGGAGAGUGCACAGCAAAUAAUCAAUUUAAAUGCAAAAGUACAUGAUUUAGAAAAAAGUGUACAAGCUAAAGAUGUUAUAAUUUCAGAAAAUACAGCAUUGAUAGCGUCACUUAGAGCAGAAAUUCAAUUGUAUGAAACAAAUAUGAAUGAGUUACAAGCACUAAAUCAAGUGUUAAGAGAUGAACAUCAAGCAUUACAAAUUGCAUUUGCAGCUAUUGAAGAAAAAUUAAGGAAAACGCAGGAUGAAAAUCGAUCGCUUGUUGAAAGACUCAUUAAGUACAAAGCCAAAGAUGCGGACAAAAUGAACGAAGAAAAUGAACAUUUCCUAAAGUCAAGCAACCCUACUGCGUUUUUCAUCAACACGUUUGGUAGAGUUAGUUUCGGGAAAAAAAGUGACAAAGUUCGAAAAGAGCUAGAAGAAGCGGCCAGAGAAGGUGGUAGUAGGAGUAGCGGUUCAGGGGGUAGCACAGACGACAAGAUCAUGGAUUCAAUGCCAUACUACGCUGCUUCACUACCCAAUAAAGUGGCAUUGAGAUUUGACGCACACGAAGGUGAAGUAAACGCAGUGAAAUGGAGUCCGACUGAUCGCCUCGUUGCCACCGGCGGAGCUGAUAGGAAAGUCAAACUAUGGGAUGUGUCUAAACUUGGAUUAGUUGAAAACAAAGGGACGUUAGUCGGUUCAAACGCGGGCGUGAUGUCAGUGGACUUCGAUGCCACUGGUGCGUACAUCGUAGGAGCUUCCAAUGAUUUCGCGAGCCGCGUGUGGACGGUCGGCGACCAACGGCUAAGGGUAAGUGGAGAUAUAUCAAUAACCCGGUUCUUAUAUCCCUAAAACGAUUCGUUUUUAAAUGACGUACGUUCAAAUUCGAAUGUCGUCUUCGUUUUUUAAUAUAUCUGGCUUUAUCUGUCACCCUAAGUAAGUGACAAAUUUAAUGCAUAUAUGUAGCCUACGUUAUCUUAGUAAUGUAUCUGUGACGAUAAACAACACAGAUGAAAGGAAAUUGUAUUUUAUGCGAAGGAGUAUGAAUAGGAGAAAUUG